GGUAUUCGUCACAAGAAGUCCUGUUUUCAGUCGCGUUCCUCAGAAACUUCGUUCGGAGACUCAAGAGGAGUUUCCGGUUUGUUUAACUUAGCUCAGAGUACUGACUCAUUAAAGAGUCAUCUAUGCUUAAUCCAUUUGUCAAAAGAGAGUUUCACAGAAGGAGAGCUUAUCUUUGCAAGGGCUGGCCUGUUCGAUGUAGAAGACUCAGUUGUGGCAAAAUGUGGGUCUGCGCAAAGCAUAGGCACACUUAUGGGAAAUUCUGGCGUCAAAGUUCAGUGUGCCAGUAUCCGACACACCUUGGCAGUGAUUCCAAAGGGGUAAAGAGCUGGUAUUCUGUCAAUUUGCAAAUGUCAAAGGCCAUUUCUAAGAUGUAUGGCGUUCUAUAGAGGUUUAGACAAUACUGCAGCUGAGGGAGCGGAUGGUUUCAAGGAUUUUCUCCAAAUUAUAGACGAAUUGGAAAGCGUGGGAGCAGAAAAGGGCUAGUGUAAAGAGGUUCUGAAGAGGCUUCAGUAGAGCAAGUUGUAUUUGAAGACUACAUACCGUAAUCACUGCGAAGAGGACGAUGUAAAUGUGCCGAUCACUGUAGGGUCUUUGCACUGAGCGAUGCUGCUGACACUGACGUUCAGAAAUUAUGCAGUCACAGUCACAGUCACAACAUGAAGUGUGAGGAUUGUGAGAAGCUGAAGAGUGUUCUUGAAGAAGUAAAAGGCGCUAUUUCUGACUACACAAUUCAAUUGGGUAGGUUCCAAGCGGAAGACUAUCUGUAUGAAGCAAAAAAUGCUGCCGCUAAGAUCUUUGAAUGGAGAGGGCAUAUCGUGAGGGCAGAAACCAGGAUCAGUACAAGCGGCAAAUUGUCGAUACUUUGAAGGGAGGUAAAGCAUUUAUAAUAGUUGACUGGACAAUGAAGUUCAUAACGAUGAAGUUCCGGAAAAAGCAAGCAGAAUGCUUUCUCAAGAGGGAAAUCAAUUGGCAUGUGAGUAGCGUUGUUGUAAGACAGGAGGAAAGCCUGGAAGUAACCUUAUACGUACACCUUCUUAACAACUGUAAUCAAGACUGGUUUUCAGUGCUGUAAGUCCUAGAAAAUCUCACAUAAAGUUACGAAAUUCAGGCAUAAAAAAGGCCUUUCUAAGAUCGGAUGAAGCAGGUUGCUAUCACAACAGUAAGCUGGUAUUAUCUCUACGAGGGCUCGGAUAUCAAGAUUGCCACUUUCAGCAACUUACACAGCUUUGAGUUUACACAAGAGGGCCUGUGCGUUUGAAGAGCGUUUAAUAUUGGGCCUGGAAGGUUUAUUCGGUCAAAUUAAAAUUGCAAUUUUUCCACAGAAAAAGACGGAUCUGGUGGAGGAGAUUCCAUUUUUCCCCACUACUGCUCGACGAACUGCAUCAGCAAGAGAAAGCAAUGGUGGCAACGACGGUAGCUCCUAUCAAUGCCCUGAACCUGGUUGCGAUGAAGAUUUUAAGACCCAGGCCGACCUUGACUUCCAUAUGAAAAAGCUAGUUCAUCAUGUAAGUCCUGUGCCCACGAGCAUGACUUAA